AUGGCGUCCCACACGCUGUACGACCCGCCAGCGUCGGCUGUCCGGUGGGAGGAGGGAAUUCUGCCCGUGAAGCCCCGCAUGACGGUGAAGCUGCUGACGCAGGACUCUGCGCUGCAUCGGCUGGCGUGUGCGACGGCAAAGGAAAAGGCAUGGGCUGCCGCAGUGGCGACGCUGGACGCCGUGCUUGUACGGGCCGCCGCUCACUCGGAGGCGGUCCUCUCCGCCGCGCCGCCCUUUGAGCAAUCCACCGCACUCCUAUCGUUUCUCUUGACAGCCUCGCUCUCGUCGUCGUCGUCGUCGUCUUUGUUGCGCCUGCGCCUUCCCCCGGUGAACGCUGCUGAUCGUGGCUACUCCGCUGAUGCCGCCUGCAGAAGUGUGCAGACCCUUGUCGAGUUGGAUGCCGCUGCCGCCGUCUAUGAAAAACUGAAGCACUCCCUCGAGGCCUACGUGCUGCACAUUCUGCAGCUCCUCACGUCUGCCUGCGACGCCGACGUUGCGGGGAGUUUCACCUUUGUGCGUCUCGCGCAUGUCUGGGGCCACUACCGCCUGGCCGUGGCGGAGCUGCAGGAGGUGUGGGUGUAUCUGGAUCGCUGGUACCUCGCCAAGGUGCACGCGGUGCGGUCGAUCGACGGGCUCGCGGUUGCGAUCAUGAAGGAGGCGCUGCUGCAGCACCCGUGGCUCCUGUCGCGGGCACAGCUGGGGUUUCUUGCCGCCCUGCGUUGCGAGUUCGAGCACGACAGCGACGCCCGCGGGGAGUUGCGGCUCUUCACGGAUCUCUGCUCCUCGAUUGAGGUGUACUUCCUGCGGGUGGAGCCGGAUGUGCUUGCCACCGCGAAGGAAUUCUACGAUGCGGCGGCGGAGCGGAUGUGGCACAACGGCGACAGCGCGGAGGACUUCUUUCAGCAGGUGCAGUACUUUCUCCGGGAGGGGCGGCGGCGCGUGCAGGCCUGCCUGGACGCCCACACAAUGCCGAGGCUGGAGGAGAUCGCCCAGACCUCGCUGCUCCUCGCACACGGCGCGGACGUCCUCACCCGUGACUUCGGGCGGCUUGUGCGGGAGGAGAAGUACGACUGCAUUCGCCUAGCCUGGCAGUUUCUCGCUUCCGGGAUGUACGUGCAGCUUGGCAAGAGGUGUGGCGCGAUCUUCCGCCACUACAUUCUGCAGGAGGGCGCGGCCAUCAUCCGGCAGCUCGCCACGCGGACGGCGGAGCGGGAGGGGUUUGCCGCCGUCAAGGCGGUCAUUGCGCUCAUCCGCCGCGGCGAGCGCGUGAUUGAGGCCUGCUUCGCGGAAAACCCCUCCCUCUUCACGGUGCGCAUGAACGACGCCCUCGCGGAGGUGAUGCAGGAGCGGCAGACCGAGUUUGCGCAGCAGAUUGCCCGCUACCUCGACUGGCUGAUGCGCGAGGGGGAGAGCGAGACCCUGCUCGCCGCCCCCAGUGGCACGGGCGGUGCUGAGAGGUCGCCGCACGCGGGUGGGGUGGCCGCGGCGACGACGACGACGACGAGUGAAGCUGCCGCUGCCGGAGGCGUCUCUCCGUGUGGGGAAGUGCUGGAGUACAUUGGGCGCAUCUACGCCCUCUUCCCCUCGCGGGACAUCUUUGAGGCGUUCUACUGGCGGGACCUUGCGCGCCGCCUGCUGCAGUACCAGCGCCCCCCGCGCCUCGGCAUCGAGCGGAGCUUCAUGCAGCAGCUGAAGAAGACGUGCGGGGAGGAGACGUCAAAGUUCGAGGGAAUGCUGAACGACUUCAACGUGUCGCAGGAGCUGAGUGAGCGCUACCAGGCGUGGGUGGAGGACCACCGUGAUGCCUCCCCCACGCCGUGGCCGCCGGAGGCGGAGGCGGAGGUGCGGCUGCACAUCUUGACUUCCGGCUUCUGGCCGAAGGAGUCCGCGCUGGAGCUGCGGCUGCCGCCGCCGCUGCAGGCCCUCGCCAGCGGCGUGCAGGACUUCUACCGUCACUGCUUCGCCGACCGCAAACUUGUGUGGCAGCACCAACUGUCCUCGGCGGUGGUGACGUACUCCACGGGCGCCGUGCGACGGCAGCUGACGGGGACGCUGUUGCAGGCAGCCAUCCUGCUCACCCUGCAGGAGAUGAUGUGGGCGGCGCCGUUGUCGGCGGAGACGGCGGUGACGGUCGGGGCACUGUGCGAGCGGCUCGCCGUGGACCUGGCGCUUCCCUCCGUUGCCGGCGCCCUCUACAGCCUGUGCCACCCGAAGUUUGCCCUCCUGCUGCGUGAAGCUGCCGCGCGGGGCACGGCUGAUGCGGCGGUGGCGGCGUCCGCGUUGGCUGCGACAGACCGGCUGCAGUUUAAUCCGCGCUUCGCGGUUGGCGCCGCGCGCUGCCGCAUCCCGUUCUACAGGUCCCUGCAGGGCGGCGAGGAGGCCUCCGCCGACAGGGCCAACGCCGACGGCGUGCAGGGCGCGACCGAAGCGCUAAAGGAGCACGCGUACGUGGUCGAGGCCGCCGUGGUGCGCUUCAUGAAGGAGCGGCGGUGCGUGGGCCACGAGGAGCUCGUCGCGGCGGUUCCUGCGCUCCUGCGGUUCCCAGUCACGAUGGCGACGAUGAAGUGCGUCAUUGAGCGACUCAUCAGCCGCGGGUUUCUGGAGCGCCGCGGCGCCGCGACGUACGCCUACGCGCUGUGA